AUAUAUAUACGAGGCUUGAGGAAACACAGAGUAUCCAGGUUGUGGAGACGAGUGUUGAAAAAUGGAGCAUAUGUUCCUGCUGUUGUCGUUGGUUUCCAGCAGCCUGUGCAUUGGGAGCAACAGUCACCUGGGGACUGGGACCAGCAUGGCAGUCUGCCAACCUGACACCUGCACCAUGCUCAGUGAGGUGGCAGCCAUGAGGGAGAAGCUGGCAGCCAUGACACACACACAGAGCACGCUCGAACAGAACCUCAGCACCAUGAUGCAGAAAAUGUCCACCGUUGGAGCCGAACUGCAGUCCUACAAAAGCCAGGUCGAGGAGCUCCAGAGGGCAAACCAAGAUCAGGCCGAGCAGCUGAAGGCACUGGCAGCAGUUACAUUUGCAAACACGUCGAGGGUGGCUUUCUCCGUUGCUUUGGGAAACUCAGUUGGUCCGUUUCAAGAGAACAUGCCACUAAAAUAUCAAAAAAUCAUCUCCAACAUCGGCAGUGGCUACAACCCUGCCACUGGUAUCUUCACCGCCAGGGUCAGAGGAGUGUACUACUUCAGGUACACCAUGUACAACAACAAUGCCGGUGAGCCCAACUCGGUGUUGGCCCUCAUGAUGAACAGCCAGCCAAUGGUGUUUACCUGGGACACUACAGGGAGCGAUAACAACGACAGUGCAUCCAAUGCGGUAGUGCUGCAGCUUGAUGCCGGAGACAGUGUGUACGUAAGGCUCUGGGCAAAAAGACAGGUCUAUGACGACGGCGGUAACUACAACACCUUCAGCGGAUUCCUGCUCUUCACCGUGUGAUGAACCAAAGCGUGCCUGUGUCGUUUCAACAUGUGGGGGGACACUGGAGGUUUGGGGUAUAGGUGAACUCUGCAGGAGGGCAAGUGGUUAAUCUGUCCUUUUACAUUGUAAAACAAAAGGUUUUUUUUGUUAAUUUCUUGUGAUUGUUUGUAAGAUUCGCUGACAAAAUAUGACAGCAAAUGUAGAAACAAACCCUUAUCAAGACUUUUGCAUUGUUGUAGUGAGUGAAACUUACCAAAGAGAUCGGGUGGGUCUUUAACUUUGUCCAUGGUAUCUGUAAAUGAAAACAGAACAGUGACUUAGCUUUUCAGCCUCACAGUACUAAAAUGUUCUCUGUCAGUGUUUUCCUAUUCUAUAUGUGACGUUUUUGGAUUAAUAUUACUGCUACAAUAAUGUUCAUGUUGCUUUUUACUGCUGGAGAAGUUGAUUGUAACCCCUUCAUAUGCUGUUGGGUAGUUUAAUCGACAGGAGUAAAUCAUAUUCUAAAAGAUCAUCAUGUUUGUAGCAUUGCUGUUGUGUAAAAUCGGAGUGUUGUAGUACUAAAGAUCAGCCUCAAGACUACUUUCUGAAGGUAUCAUCUCAGACUCAACCACAUUUUUAUUUGGCCUUGCCUUGGUCUCAGAUUAAAAAGGACUCAGGAUUGUAUUUUAGGAUCUGUCAGGACCACAACUGUGCAAAACGGAGCGUUGAAUAAAGAUGAUUUCAGCUGCUUAGUGUUUGUUUGCUGAUAUAAAAAAUAAAAUUCCCCUCUGCAAUGCUUUAUUUCUUAUGGUACAUUUACACACACACACACACACACACACACACACACACACACGUAUAUGUAUAUGGCAAUAAAAGAGAUGAAUCAGGAGGAAUCUGUGUUUGUUUUAU